UGACAGGUUCUUUGUGGAUGUGAGCCACACGAAGGACAGGAAGUUUGUAACAAUCAACAGUAACUCCAAGACGACGUCUGAGGUUAGGGUGGUGAGUUCCUCCUCACCAAUGGGAGAGCCCCAGCUGGUGCAGGCUAGGAUAGAGGGGACGGAAUACUACAUGGAACAUCAGGGUGGCAAGUUCUUCUUCCUCACAAACCAUGGCAGUGCAGCUGAUUACAAGCUGAUGUGUGCUCCAACUGAUGCCACUUCAUCAUCAGAGUGGAGAGAAGUGGUGCCUGCCAGACCCAGUGGCAGGGUGGUUGACAUGGACAUGUUCCACCAGGGAUGUGUCUUGGCUGAGAAGAGGGGAGGAGUGCCUGCCAUCACUGUUGUACCUACAGACAGGGCCCAAGACACUUACUCCUUUAAGUUGCCGACGUGGGCCUGUAUGAUCAAGCCUGGUGCCAACACCACAGCUGACACCUCGGGUUACAGGUUCACCCUGUCCUCCCCCAUCCACCCUGAGGUGGAGUUUGAAUUCCACCUGCCCACCAAACAACUCUGGAAGCAAACAACAGAGGGCCCCCCUGCUGUACCAAAUCAUUAUGUCAUGCACAGGCUCAUGGCAACAAGUCAGGAUGGGACAAGUGUUCCCCUGACUGUGUUCCACAAGAAGGAUGUGGAAUAUGCAGGGAAGAACCCACUCCUGGUGCAUGCCUAUGGUGCCUAUGGUGAAGAUGUGAACAUGGGCUUCAGGUCUGAAAGACUGGUACUGUUGGAGAGAGGAUGGGUCCUUGCCUUCUGCCAUAUCAGAGGUGGAGGUGAGCUCGGGAGGCAAUGGUACCACCAAGGCAGACUGCUGAAUAAAGAACAAAGUUUCCAGGAUUUGGAAAGCUGCAUUGCCCACCUGCAUGGAGCUGGCUACUCCUCCCCUGGUCUGACGGCAGCCUGCGGCACCAGCGCAGGGGGCACGGCUGUGGCUGCCCUGUGUAACAGGAGUCCUGAUCUGAUAGCUGCUGCAGUCAUGAAGGUUCCCUUUGUGGAUGUGCUGAGUGUGAUGCUGGACCGAUGUCUCCCCCUGACCGCACAGGAGUUCCAGGAGUGGGGGGACCCUACUGCAGAACCUGAUGUCUUCAAAUAUAUACAGUCCUACUGUCCUUACCACAAUAUAAAACAACAGAGCUAUCCUGCUAUGUUGGUGACAGCUGCCCUAGAUGAUACAAGGGUACCAUAUUGGAGCCCACUUAAAUAUGUUGCAAAACUUCGCGGUCUUCAACAGCUAACUUCUCAUCAGUCAAGCAACCACCAGGAAAGAAUGACUGGACAUGGCAAUGAUAUGAACAUCUGUAGAAAUCUUCUUCUCCUACAAGUACAUGAAAAGGGUGGUCACUUUGGCCAUGACAGCCAUGCUGUUGAUUCUGAACAGGCUGCAUUGGAGUACGCAUUCUUGUACAAGGCACUUGGACUGUCCAUGUUAUGAUGGAAGGUGUUUCAAUUCAUUUGCAUCUAAGACAUUAAAAAAAAAACAAUCAUACUUCCCAGCAAGUUGCUUAAAUGACCGGACUGUAUGACAUACAUGAAUUGUCAAUUUCCAAGUCACACAAAGCUUUUAUUGGGAAACACCACUACAAAUAUCUCUAUUAAGUAGGUAUUGCCUGUAUCCAAGUAUCUAGAGACGUUUUUAAUAUUAAAAUUUGAAUGUUAUCCUGUGUGUAAUAAUCACCAAAUGGAAUUAUAGAGUCUAGAUAUUUGCAUGACAAUAAUUACAUCUAUCAUGUAAGACAAACUGAAAUAGAGUCCCUAGGUGGAUUUGAUAUUAAUCCUAAAGUCCUUCAGUGCUUGAAGGGCAAAGCCAGUUCUCAGACUGAAUCAGGUUGUAUUGUCAAUGAUGUAUUGAAGUCCAGAAUGGAUGUUUGUUUAACACCAUGUACAUAUGGGAGUAAUGUUAGAUGGGAACUAUAAUUGUGUGUUCACUGCAAAUUUGUGGUGAUGCUAAAUGGACUUGAACAUGAAUGAAUAACCCAU